GUCUGAAGACGCCCACUGAUUGGGAAACGCCUAUUUAGGCUAUGUUCCACAGAAACCUAUACUCGGAUUUUAACAAAUCAGGUAAAGAGGUUGAAAAAUGCCUAUCCCGGUUUGAAAACACCUUUUUUUUUGUUUUGCAGAGACACCAUACUCUCCUGAUGAUUUCAUGCCGCCUGUAAAGAAGGUAUUAUAAUCAUAAGACCGCACACUGCCUCCAAAGAUCAGACAUCCAUUGCUCUGUUUUCCAAACCAACUACAUGUCUACAGAGCAAAAACCCGAAUUACAGACGGGGUAGUUCACCAGAGUGAUAGAUACAUUAUCAUAAAUUAGCAAAAAGCUUAUCAGAUCUCCGGCCUUUUAUCACCCAGGACGUCCUCUUUUCUUCCUACGUCAUAGCGCGUACGUCAGAAGCGCGGGAAAAACAACCGGAAGUGGUGUCGAGUUCAUCAGGCUGAAAAACCAUGGAUACUACUUCGUCAGUAUCAAAGGGAUGCUUUGUCUUCAAGCCAGGUUCUAAGAAGAGAAAGCGAAUUGCAGAUGCAGAAGACUACUUUGUUGAUGGAAAUGGUGACUGUGCGUACGGCAAAGAACGCUUUAAUACUUGUCAAAGACUUUGGGAGAAGAUUAAACUGGACACAGAGAUAUUGCAGGAUGACCUGAAUAAGAAAAUAUUGGACAGCCUUUUGGAAUUCAUCAAAAAAUGUAGUUUAAGCUUCCAGUCCAGAGCCAAUGAUUGGGCAUCUCUCAUGAGAGCCAGCGAAAUACCUACAGCUGCCCUGGUGCUUGGUGUGAACGUACCAGAUCAUGACAUGACAUUUCAAAGCCUAUCUGACCUCUUACAGGAAUCUGUAACCCCCUUUGCUGUUUCUGUACAGGCCAAAGAAUGUGCAGCUCUGAAGAAUCUGAUGCAGAGAGUAUUAGAAAGAUUAAUAGGUGCUGGCGUGUCAGUGGAAGAUGAUGAAGACGACCCUAGUUCGUCUUUACCACAGAAGAGGGUAUCCUGCUCGAUGAGUGCACUUUGUCAGUGGUAUAAAACAGUUACAAAGAAACAGACUGUGAAGUUACCAGGGAAGAAAUGCAGUUCUGUAAAUGACUUCUCAGAGAGUCCACCAAUUUUGGUGAUUUUCAAAGAUUUUGAAGCUUUUAAUCCACGUGUCCUUCAGGACUUUAUACUUAUCUGCAGUCGGUACAUCCAGGAGCUUCCACUGAUCUUCGUCUUUGGCAUCGCCACAUCUCCCAGCACCAUUCAGCACAUGUUACCACACUCUGUGUCAUCUCUGCUGUGCAUUGAGCUUUUUCAGUCACUCUCCUGUACCCAGCAUCUUGCAACUGUUAUUGACAAGCUGAUUUUGACUUCACAGUUUCCUUUCAAGCUCAGUGGUAAAGUUCUACAGGUGCUGGUGAGCAUCUUCUUGUACCAUGAUUUCUCAGUCCGCAACUUUGUUAAAGGCCUUCAGUUGGCCCUGUUGGAGCACUUCUACUCACAGCCUCUCAGUGUGCUCUGCUGUGAGAAAAAGGAGUUUCUGGUCCGUGCACAGAAGUUGAGCCACCAAGAUGUGGAGAUGGUCCGCCAGCUGCCCUCUUUCAUGAGAUAUGUAGAGGCACAAGACACACAGGAACAGGUCCAGCUUCUCACCAGUGAUGAACAUGUUAAGGUGGUGUGUCAGAAGUUACUGAAGGAUCUUAGAAAAUACCAUAAGAGUUAUUAUCCCAUCGUCCGCUGUCUACACACACUGACAUCGUCUCUGCCAAAGUAUCCUCUGGGGAAACAAAUACGAGAGCUGUAUAUAUCCUGCCUUGAGAAGAAUGUAUGGGAGACAAAUGAAUAUGAAUCUGCUAUUCAGCUUCUGAGGUUGCUUGCAAAAGACGAGCUUGUAACAACACUGAGAAAAUGUGUGGACAUUCUUAAAUCUGGGAAGACAAAGAAAAUGACAAGUGCAUUGCAGCAGCUGGAUGACUACCUUGUCAAAUUUGAGCAGUUGGACAGUAUGUCUGUAGAGGAUCUUAAUGAAGAGGAAGUUAUGUCACCAGGAAAGGAUCUCCAAAAGAAAACGGAUCUCUUCCAACUUCAGAAAACUCUAUUGGAGAUGAAAAGCACUAGAAGAUCGAAGAAAAUGAGUCCGUUUGAGGUGCUGAGAAAUGAGGCACUAGGUGUUAUUGAUGGCCUUGUGAGGAGCCACCUGACACCACCAGAGAUGCAGCCAUUAUAUGAAGUAUGCUACUACAGCUCCUCAGGCGUUCUGCGACGCCACCUCAAUGCAACUCCACGUACCUCCAUCCAGACUGCACUUAGCCACCCAUUCUACUACCUGCAGAAUGUAAACCUGAAAACAGAUGCAGGCACAGUUUCCAAUGCUGCUCCAGAUAUCUGCAUUGCCUACAAGCUUCAUCUGGAGUGUGGGAGGCUCAUCAACUUAUAUGACUGGUUGGAGCUGUGUUUCAGGCAUACGCAACAGUGGCCUCUGCUGCAGAGGGUAAGGAUCCUGACUCUGAAGAGUACGGCAAAGUUGACCAACUCAAGCAUGCUCGUUUCAUCCAAGCUGUGUCUGAGCUGGAGUUCCUGGGAUUUGUGAAAUCAACAAAGCAGAAAACUGACCAUGUGGCACGACUGACCUGGGGAGGUUGUUAACGGUGAUUCAUGUUGGUGAUAAAUAUGUAUUUGAAUAAAAUAUUUUUGAUAUGUCUAUUGUCUUUCAUCUCUAACAAAUGAUGUUUUGUAGAAAGACAAUUAUAUUAAGUGAACUUAACUGAAAUGUAUUUGUGUCUUGAUUCAUUCAAUCAACUUUAGUAACCAUUUUAUCCUGGUCAGGGUCAUAGUAGGGUCAAAGUCUAUCUGGAAACAUUGGGCACAAGGAGGGAAUACACAGAUAUGAUGCCAGUUUGUGAAGUGAAAUUUAAAAAAAGAAAAUAAAUAAAUAAAAUGGGUGGAGGAGCCACUAUCGUGGAUAAUCUUUAACACUUAUGGUCUCAGUGCAUUGACUACAUGUUUGAUUAAUGGUCAUUUUAUAAGUUUUAUAUACUAUGCACUAGUUCAUUGGUGUAGCAGAACUGAUUUGCAGAGAUGGUGUGGUUAUCAAUGUGGGCUUCUAAAAUUGCAUCUCCAUUACAUGGUUGGCCGGAUAACUUUACAAUACAUUAUCUAAAUCCACAUAGCAUAGCUUGAUAUGGAAAACACACACAUACAUUAUAUAUAUAUAUAUAUAUAUACACACACACACAUAUACACACACAACGACGGCUAAACUACUAAUUCACACAAAACCUGUAAAAGAUGAAAAAUGAAUCAGUUGUCUACUUAAUAUGCAUAUUUUUGGUUUCUUUAACUUUGUGUGAUAAGGAACAAAUAAGACUUUGCAGCAUGUGCUUGUUAAAACUGCUUUAAUAUCAUUAACAACCUUCCUUACUAAAUGUGGUGUUAGACUGCAGUAGUAGAAUAUUGAACUUGGAAAGUUUUAAUCCAAGAAUACAAGAGUCUGACUUUGUGAGGCUGAAAACACAAGACUUGUUAUGGACAUGGACUUGUAAUUUUUGAGGAUUAAAAAAACCCCUGUUCUGUACAGGACCUCCUGUCAAAAGUCCUCCUCACGGCUUAGUCAUGACUUGAAUGAACCAGUUUGGAGAUUGAAUAAUUGUGGCAUUUGAUCUUUAAUAUUAUUAAACCUGAUCAAUGGCUCAGUGAUGCAGUGGUUAGCAUUGCUGGCUCACAGCUUUAGGGUCCCUGCUUUGAUUUAGUUCAAGUUACUCUGUGCAGAGUUUCAUGUUUCACACCCACCAGCAGAUAAGAUGGCUAUGCUAAAUUGGCCCUAGCUCUGAACGUGUGUAUGCAUGGACUGGCAUCCCCUCCAAGGUGUAUUCCUGCCUCGUGUAGUAUUCCCAACAUAGGCUCUAAAUCCAUUUUGUCCCUGACCAAGAUAGAGCAUAUGAAUGAAUAUGAGACUAGAUGACCCAAUCUAAUCUCACCUUGUGAUAAGUCUGAAACCAGAUAAAUUAGCUCUCAAAUGAGCUAUCUUGAGAGCACUGCCAACAUAUAAAUACCCAACUCUCAUAGCUCUGUCCUGCUGAGGUGCAUAUGUUUUACUAGGUAUGUACAAAUACACAAACUCUGCUGUUUAGUCAUAUCUCUGUGUGAGUUUGUAGCACUUCUAAGUACUAGUACUUACUCAACCCUGAUGUUUAGAUGCAGCUCUGUUCUCCCAAAAAUUGUGAAUAAAAAAUACUUAUCACUCUGUA